AGGUGCCCCUGAGCUGAGGAACGCAGGCGGUGGUCGUGGGGAGGGGAAGGGGAGCCCCGGGAGACGGCAGCAGCAUGGGCGGGCGGCCCUCGAGCCCUCUGGACAAGCAGCAGCGGCAGCACCUAAGGGGUCAGGUGGACACCCUGCUGAGGAACUUCCUGCCCUGCUACCGCGGGCAGCUGGCAGCGUCUGUCCUGCGGCAGAUCUCCCGAGAGCUGGGCCCUCAGGAGCCCGCCAGAAGCCAGUUGCUACGCAGCAAAAAGCUGCCCCGAGUCCGUGAGCACCGAGGACCCCUGACCCAGCUUCGGGGCCACCCACCCCAGUGGCAGCCUAUCUUCUGUGUUCUGCGUGGGGACGGCCGCCUGGAGUGGUUCAGCCACAAGGAGGAAUAUGAAAACGGGGGCCACUGCCUUGGCUCCACAGCCCUGACGGGAUACACACUCCUGACUUCCCAGCGAGAAUAUCUCCGCCUUUUGGAUGCUCUCUGCCCUGAAUCCUUGGGAGACCAUACUCAGGAAGAGCCUGACUCCCUCCUUGAAGUGCCUGUGAGCUUCCCGCUGUUCCUGCAGCACCCCUUCCGCCAGCACCUCUGCUUCUCUGCAGCCACCAGGGAGGCACAGCAUGCCUGGAGGCUGGCCCUGCAGGGUGGCAUCCGGCUUCGGGGCACAGUCCUGCAGCGAAGCCAGGCCCCUGCUGCCCGGGCCUUCCUGGACGCCGUCCGACUCUACCGGCAGCACCAAGGCCACUUUGGCGACGACGACGUGACCCUAGGCUCAGACGCCGAGGUGCUGACCGCGGUGCUGAUGCGGGAGCAACUUCCCGCGCUGCGAGCCCAGACCCUUCCUGGCCUGCGAGGAGCAGGCCGCGCCCGCGCCUGGGCCUGGACUGAGCUUCUAGACGCCGUUCACGCAGCUGUCCUGGCCGGGGUCUCCGCCGGGCUCUGCGCCUUCCAGCCCGAAAAGGACGAGCUGCUUGCGUCGCUGGAGAAGACGAUCCGCCCGGACGUGGACCUGCUGCUGCGGCAGCGGGCGCGUGUGGCGGGGCGGCUGCGGACGGGUAUCAGGGGACCGCUCGAGUCGUCCCUGCGCCGGGAGGUGGACCCGCAGCUGCCCCGGGUCGUGCAGACCCUGCUGCGCACCGUGGAAGCCUCGCUCGAGGCGGUACGGACCCUCCUGACUCAAGGCAUGGACCGACUGUCCCACCGCCUGCGCCAGAGCCCCUCGGGCACGCGGCUGCGCAGGGAGGUUUACUCAUUUGGGGAGAUGCCGUGGGACUCGGCGCUGAUGCAGACAUGCUACCGUGAGGCCGAGCGGAGCCGGGGGCGCUUGGGGCAGCUGGCAGCACCGUUUGGCUUUCUGGGGAUGCAGAGCCUCGUGUUUGGGGCCCAAGAUCUUGCACAGCAGCUCAUGGCUGACGCUGUGGCCACCUUCCUGCAGCUGGCUGACCAGUGUCUGACCACGGCCCUGGACUGUGACCAGGCUGCCCAGAGGCUGGAGAGAGUCAGGGAGCGCGUGCUGAAGGAGCUGCCUGAGUUCGAGGGGGAUGUCCUUGCCGCGGGCAGCCAGGCUCUGACCACUGAGGGCAUCUAUGAGGACGUCAUCCGGGGGUGCUUGCUGCACAGGAUUGACCAAGAAUUGAAAAAGACCCUUGGUGCCAAUGAUGUAUCCUGCACUCUGGACGGCUGCUUGGAGGUCCCAUGGAUACUGGAGGGAGCAGAUGAGGAAACUGAGGCUGAGUGGGAAGGAGGGGCUUUUCCCAGGCAGCCAGACUCUGGUGCCCAGAUCCAGCCACUCUGCCCACCACCUUCUCGAGGAACAUUCCAGAGCUGAAUCUUCACCCACAUCUAUCUUGUUUCUAUUGGAUAAAUGUCUACAAGUGGAAUUUCUGGGCCAAAACGGAUGUGUCAUCUUUAGGCUUUUGUAACCCCUGCAACUUCAGAAAACUGUGCCAUUUUGUACUCCAAGCAGCAGCAUUUAUUUGUGUAUUUUCU